AUGGAGAGGAAAAAUUGCACUCCUACUUUUCUUACAAUAUUCACAUUGCUAGCUGGAUUGCUUUCUCAGAACCUUGUCAUCCCUGUAAUAUCUACCACCAUUGAGGACCAGAAGAACUACUACUCUCCAGACCCACAUGCAGGAGGUCAUCACUCAGUAUAUGUUGCUUCCACUUUUGAAGGGUCACACUCACACAGUCAUUCAUCUCAUGGAUCUGGAGGAGGUGGUAAUGGAUGCCCACCACCCUCUCAUGGAGGGGGAGGAAGUUACACUCCAACCCCAUCGCCACCUUCAGGUGGUGGAAGUUACAAUCCAACCCCAUCAACUCCCCCUGGUGGAAGCCAUGAUCCAACCCCAUCACCACCUUCAGGUGGUGGUAGUUACAAUCCAACGCCAUCAACUCCCCCUGGCGGGGGAAGCUGUGAUCCAACCCCAUCACCACCUUCAGGUGGUGGAAGUUACAAUCCAACCCCAUCAACUCCUCCAGGUGGUGGAAGCUAUGAUCCAACCCCUUCACCACCCUCCGAUGGCGGAAGUUACAAUCCAACCCCAUCAACUCCUCCAGGUGGUGGAAGCUGUGAUCCAACCCCUUCACCACCCUCCGACGGAGGAAGUUACAAUCCAACUCCAUCAACUCCUCCAUGUGGUGGAAGCUGUGAUACAACCCCAUCACCACCUUCAGGUGGUGGAAGUUACAAUCCAACCCCAUCAACUCCUCCAGGUGGUGGAAGCUAUGAUCCAACCCCUUCACCACCCUCCGAUGGCGGAAGUUACAAUCCAACUCCAUCAACUCCUCCCGGUGGUGGAAGCUAUGAUCCAACCCCUUCACCACCCUCAAGUGGUGGAAGUUACAAUCCAACCCCAUCAACUCCUCCGGGUGGUGGAAGCUAUGAUCCAACUCCAUCACCACCCUCAGGUGGUGGGAGUUACAAUCCAACACCAUCACCACCGUCAGACGGGAAUUGUGGAUCACCACCUGUUGAACCUUCUAUUCCAACACCAUCAAAUCCUCCCUCAGGAGGUGGAGGGUACUAUAACUCACCACCAACUUAUGGUGGUAGUCCCCCAACAACACCAAUCACUGUGAGCCCACCUUCAACCCCAAUUGACCCAGGCACACCCACUAUUCCCUCACCCCCUUUCCUUCCUGCCCCAUCUCCCUUCACCGGUACAUGCAACUACUGGAGGACUCACCCAGGAAUCAUUUGGGGAUUGCUAGGCUGGUGGGGAACCUUAGGCAAUGCAUUUGGUGUCUCAAGCUCAACCAUGCCAGGGUUUGGUGCCGGUCUCAGCCUGCCACAAGCACUUUCCAACUCAAGAACUGAUGGGCUUGGAGCACUCUACAGAGAAGGGACAGCUUCCUUUCUAAACUCCUUGGUGAACAACAGGUUCCCUUAUACUACCCAGCAAGUCCGAGACAGAUUUAUUGCAUCGCUUAGCUCAAAUAAGGCUGCAGCAGCACAAGCCAACCUCUUCAGGAUGGCCAAUGAGGGGCAAAUGAAGCCUCGGGCAUGA